ACAAAUUAAGCAGAACUUGUCACUGUAUUCUUCUGCUUUCAAAAAAUCUUCCGAAUGGGGUUUAAAGUGAAAUGCUAUUAUGUCUUUCUUGCCUUUGGCUUCUCAUGAAAAGAAAAUCGCCUACGCGUUUGAUAUAUUUGGACACCUGUGCCAUGCCUUUCCUUUGUACCUAUGCUUGAUUUUUUGCCCUGCCGGUAGAAAAAAUUAGUGGGUGCAAAACCAGUCUGCUUUGCUAUUCCAGAUCGUAAACAAAUGUGCAGAGUGACUGUAGCUAUGUCUGGUCAGAUAAAAGAUUAUAAAUCUGCUGUAAAAUCUCUCAGAGUUGCUACUGCUAUAUGUUGUGUCUUGGGAAUUUUGUUAUCAUGCUAUGCGUAUCAUGUAGAAACAACUAAAGAAAGGGAUGAAAGUUAUACUGCAAUGUGUGAUAUCGCUGAGCAUGUUAGCUGUACAGCUGUUUUCACUUCUAAAUAUGGCAAAGGCUUUGGUCUCCUGGAACAUAUUGUUGGAAAAGAUUCCAUAUUGAACCAACCAAACAGUGUAUAUGGUGUAGUAUUUUAUAUAGGAUUUAUGCCUCUUGGAGAAAUACCUAAUUUAACAUUAUCUAGGAUACUGAUACUGCUGUCUAUUUUAUCCAACAUAUGUUCAAUCUACCUUGCAUGUAUUUUGAUAUUUGUUCUUCAUGACUUCUGUGUAGUUUGUGUAACUACUUAUAUAAUUAAUGCCUUUUUAUUAGUAUGUAGCAUUUUUCGGUACAAUUUUCAUACAUUUAUGAUACAAAGUCAAUCAAAUAAAAAGAGUUCAUGAUCAUUAUUAAACAUUUAAAUCAACUUCAUUUUCUAUACCAAAGAGAUCUGGUUUAUAAUUUUAAAUGUGCAAUGAUUUCCAUAAUAUCAUUGCACAUUGUACAUUGCACUGAAUGUACAUUUUUUGCUUGUGAUUUGAUGUUUGUACUAUUGUGUGAAAAAAAAAUUGCAAAAUAAUAUUGCCAUAUUUUUGAGAAAAAAGUCUUGUUUUUUCAGCCUGUGAAUUUUCAGGAAAUUGUACAUUCUCCAAAAUAAAUAUAAUUUUCAUUUAUCUAAAA